AUGAUCUCCCGGCUGGAGCGAGGGGAGGAGCCAAGCAUCCUGAUUCUCCAGGUCUCCAAGGAAAGGGAGGGCCUGAGAGAAGGUGCCAGGACAGCGAGUGAGAACGAGGAGGAGAAUCUCCAGCAGGAAGGGUCUGCGGGAACAGAGCUGCACAGGACGUCAGCCAUACAGCGGGGAGGAGCCAGCGAGAGCCCGGGAGGGGCAGGACAGCAGCAGAGAGAGCACCUAGAGGAGAACGAAGCCGGCCUGGGGGAGAAACCCUACCAGUGCACCCAGUGCCACAAAUGCUUCAGCCGCAGCUCCAGUCUGCUCCGUCACCAGCGCUCCCACACGGGUGAAAAGCCGUUUCGAUGCACCGUGUGUGGGAAGGGCUUCACGCAGUGCGGAAACCUCACGGAGCACAGCCGGAUCCACGCUGGGGAGCGCCCCUUCCGGUGCCCCCAGUGCGGGAAGGCCUUCGCCGUGAGUGCCUCCCUGCGCCAGCACUGCCGCAGCCACACCGGGGAGCGGCCCUACACGUGCCUAGAGUGCGGGAAGGGCUUUGGGGUGAGCUCUGCGCUCGUGGUCCACCAACGCAUCCACACCGGGGAGCGGCCCUACCGGUGCGGGGAGUGCGGGCGCGGCUUCUGCCGCAGCUCCAACCUGGUACGGCACCGGCGCACCCACACUGGGGAGCAGCCCUACCGCUGCGCCCAGUGCGGCAAGCGCUUUGGGGAGAGCUCCGCCCUGAUCCAGCACCAACACACCCAUACCAGCGAGCACCCCUACCGGUGCCCUGACUGUGGGCAGGGCUUCAGCCAGGCCUCCCACCUGGCCCAGCACCAGCGCACCCACACCGGGGAGUGGCCCUACGCCUGUGCCGAGUGCGGGCGGCGCUUUGGGGAGAGCUCCAACCUCAUCAAGCACCAGCGGCGCACCCACUUGGACGCCAAGCCCUUCAAAUGCCCUGACUGCGGGAAGGGCUUCACCCAGAGCAGCUGCUACACCCAGCACUGCCGGGUCCACGCCGGCCAGAAGCCCUACCAGUGCCCCCAGUGUGGGAAGGGCUUCAGCCAGAGCUCCCACUACACCUACCACCAGCGCGGCCACACGGGAGAGCGGCCCUUCCGCUGUGCCAGCUGCGGGAAGGGCUUUAGCCGCAGCUCCAACCUGAUCCGGCACCAGAGGAUCCACACUGGGGAGAGACCCCAUCAAUGCCCUGACUGCGGGAAGGGUUUCACCUGCAGCUCCCACCUCCUCCAGCACCAGCGCACCCACACUGGCGAGAGACCCUUCCAGUGCCCCGACUGCGGGAAGGGCUUUGGGGUCAGCUCUCACCUCGUUGUCCACCAGCGGGUCCACACGGGGGAGCGCCCCUACAAAUGCCCUGACUGCGGGAAGGGCUUCAGCCAGAGCUCCCACCUGGCCAAGCACCAGCGCACCCACACCGGGGAGCGGCCCUACAGGUGUGCGGCCUGUGGGAAGAGCUUUGGGGACAGCUCCUACCUGAUCCAGCACCAGCACACCCACACUGGGGAAAGCCCCGGCCUGGCCGGUGGGAUGGGUGCGGAGGAGAGGCCUUACCCAUGUCCCCAGUGCGGGAAGAGCUUUGGCACCAAGCUGGCCCUGAGCCGGCACCAGAAAGUGCACAGCGAGGAGCGGCCCUAUGAGUGCGCUGAAUGUGGGAAGAGCUUCAAGUUGAGCCGGCUGCUUAUCCAACACCAGCGGAUCCACACCGGGGAGCGGCCCUACCGAUGCCCCGACUGCGGGCAGAGCUUCGGCCGCAGCUCCCACCUCCGCUCGCACCAGCACAUCCACACCGGCGAGAAACCCCACCCCUGCCCUGACUGCGGGAAGGGCUUCAGCCACGGCUUCCAGCUGGCUCAGCACCGGCGCGUCCACACGGGGGAGCGACCCUACAGGUGCCCUGACUGCGGGCGCAGCUUCAGCCACCGCUCCACUCUCAUCAAGCACCAGCGCACCCACACCGGGGAGCGGCCCUACCACUGCGCCCAGUGUGGCAAGGACUUCAACUGGAGCUCAGCGUUCAUCAAGCAUCGCCGGACCCACUCGGAGGAGCGGCCCUUCCGCUGCGCGGACUGCGGGAAGGGCUUCCGCGAGAGCUGCACCCUCAUCCAGCACCAGAAGAUCCACUCGGAAGAGAAACCCUACAAAUGCCCCAACUGCUGCAAGAGCUUCAGCCUCAGCUCCUACCUCGCCAGGCACCAGAAAAUGCACACGCUGGGGGAGCCGCUGACCAUCUGCAGCCAGUGCGGGAAGAGCUACCGCCUGAGCACCCAGUUCCUGCGGCACCAGCAGACCCACGUCCGUGAAAAACCCUUCAAGUGCGACGAGUGUGGGAAGAGCUUCGUGGACAGCUCGGCCCUGCUCACGCACCGGCGUGUCCACACCGGGGAGCAGCCCUACCGCUGUGCCGACUGUGGCCGGAGCUUCAGCCGCAGCUCCAACCUGAUCCGGCACCAGCGCACCCACCGGGGACUGCGGCCCCACCAGUGCCCCGACUGCGGGAAGAGGUUCGCCGAGGCCUCCUGCUUCCUGCAGCACCGGCACUCCCACGCAGGCGAGCGCCCCUACGUCUGCCCUGACUGCGGGAAGAGCUUCCGCCACCGCUCCGUCCUCCUGGCCCACCGCCGCACCCACCUGGGGGAGCGGCCCUACACCUGCUCCGAUUGCGGGAGGAGCUUCCACCAGAGCUCCCAGCUCUCCGCCCACUGCCGGGCUCACCUGGGCGUCAGGCCCUUCCAGUGCCCUGACUGUGGGAAGAGCUUCUUGGACAGUUCCUCUCUGAUCAUCCACCAGCGCAUCCACACCGGAGAGAAACCCUACAGGUGCCCCGAGUGCGGGCGUAGCUUCAGCCGCAGCUCCAACCUCCUCCGGCAUCAGCGCCUCCAUGCCAGGGAGCAGCCCUUCAAGUGCCCCCAGUGCGGGCGGAGCUUCCGGGAUGGCUCGGGCCUGGCUCAGCAUCAGAGAAUUCACACCGGGGAGCGGCCCUACACCUGCUCUGAGUGCGGGAAGAGCUUCAGCCAGAGCUCCACCCUCUUCCGACACCGGAGGAUCCACACAGGCGAAAGGCCCUACAAGUGUCCCCAGUGUGGGAAAAGCUUCAUCGAGAGCUCAGCCCUGAUCCAGCAUCAGAGAAGUCACACGUGA